AAGUAAAAAAAAAAAAAAUAAAGAAUAUAAACGUAUUUUCCUAAAGAAAUUAACGUCUUCUCUACCAAACAAUUCGGCUAUUUGUCUGAAAAACCAAUUAACUGACAUCCUAUGUAACUAACAUAACGAAUUCUCCAACUUUUAGGAUUCUUUCCCCCAUGCAAUCUGCAGUAAAUAGCACAACAAUGAAAAAUAUGAAAAGAAGAAAUCAAGAAUGAAGAAAUCCAAGAGAAAAGAGCUUGGAUUAUCAUGCAUGCUCAACACCGAGGUUGGAGCUCUCCUCGCCGUGAUCCGUCGUCCCUCGGAAUCCAAUCCCAGCUUCUACCACCUCCACGAAGAAAGCUGCGAUGCUUCGAUAUUGCAGUCGUUGAAAUCUCUGAGGGCCCUUCUCUUUAAUCCUCAACAGGAAUGGCGGAUGGUUGAUCCGUCGGUUUACCUCGCACCGUUUCUUGAUGUGAUACAGAGUGAUGAAAUUCCGGCCGCUGCCACGGCUGUGGCCCUUCAGUCUAUCCUGAAGAUCCUCAGGCUUGGUAUAUUUGAUGAGAAGACGCCUGGAGCGAAAGAUGUGAUAAAUUCGGCUGUCACAGCGAUCACGGGCUGUCGUCUCGAGAAAACUAACCUGAUAGCAGAGGAUGCAGUCAUGAUGAGGAUAUUACAGGUCUUGACUGCGAUUAUGAGGCACCGGUGUUCUUUUUUGCUCACUGAUCAUUCUGCCUGCACGGUUGUGAACACUUGCUUCCAAGUAGUUCAACAGUCGGCCAGCCGUGGAGAUUUGCUGCAACGCAGUGCGAGAUACACGAUGUACGAGCUGAUACAGAUAAUAUACUCAAGAUUGCCGGAUAUAGAGGUGAAAGACUGGGAGAAUUCAGAGUCAGAUACCGAGGAUAACAACAUGGACUCUGGUUAUGGAAUACGCUCUGCGAUUGAUAUCUUCCACUUCUUGUGCUCUUUACUCAAUGUGGUGGACAUUAUGGAAACUGACGGACCGACGGUCCAAAUUGCAGACGAGAGUACUCAAGUCUUCGCCUUGUAUUUGAUCAACUCGGCAAUAGAAUUGAGCGAAGACAGCAUAGGCAAACAUCCGAAACUUUUGAGAAUGAUCCAAGAUGAUCUGUUUCAUCAUUUAAUCCAUUACGGUGCAUCCUCAAGCCCACUGGUUCUGUCGAUGAUCUGUAGUACUGUUCUGAACAUAUACCACUUCCUACGAAGGUCUAUUCGUCUCCAACUUGAAGCAUUUUUCUCGUUUGUGUUGUUUAAAGUUGCAACUCCCGGAAGCACACUCCAAAUCCAGGAAGUUGCAGUCGAAGCGAUCAUAAAUUUCUGCAGACAACCAACUUUCAUAAUAGAAUUGUAUGUGAACUACGACUGUGAUCCAACUUUCAGGAAUGUGUUUGAAGAGACCGGUAAGCUGCUCUGCAAGUAUGCGUUUCCCACAGGUGGGGUCUCGACAAGUAUUCAGGUUCAGGCAUUUGAAGGACUUUCCAUCAUUUUUCACUAUAUUGCUGAUAACAUUGAUAAAGAAGACGACUCCGGUCCAUCUGGACCAUAUCCAGUCGAGAUUACCGAGUACAGACCUUUCUGGGAAGAGAAACCGAAGGAGGACGAUAUGGAUGCUUGGGUGGAUUAUCUGAGAAUCAGAAAAGUGCAGAAAAGGAAGAUACUGAUUGCAGGAAGUCAUUUUAACCGAGAUGAGAAAAAGGGUCUGGAGUAUCUGAAGAUUUCUCAAUUGAUAUCAGAACCACCGAAUCCACAAGCCUAUGCUUAUUUUUUUCGGUACACCCCGAAACUUGACAAGACAAUUAUAGGGAACUAUCUUGGUGAUCCUGAUGCCUUUCACCUUCAAGUCCUCAAAGAAUUCACAGAAACAUUUGAGUUUGCCGGAAUGGUGCUAGAUACUGCACUUAGGACGUACCUGGAGACUUUCAGGUUACCAGGAGAAUCUCAAAAGAUACAGAGGGUUCUUGAAGCAUUCUCGGACAAAUUCUACGACCAACAGUCCUCGGAUAUUUUCGCGAGCAAGGAUGCAGUCAUGAUUCUUUGCUACUCGAUCAUUAUGCUCAAUACUGAUCAACAUAAUCCACAGGUCAAGAAGAAGAUGACAGAGGAGGACUUCAUAAAAAACAACAGAUCAAUAAAUGGGGGGAACGAUCUCCCUCGGGAUUACCUAUCUGAGCUUUUCCAGUCCAUUGCAACCAAUGCGAUCAGCCUUGAUCAACCUGGUUCAACAGUAGAAAUGAAUCCAAAUAGAUGGAUCCAGUUGGUAAACCGGGCCAAGAAUAUUCAACCAUUCAUCUUAUGUGAUUUUGACCGUCGACUCGGAAGAGAUAUGUUUGCUGCUAUUGCUGGACCCUCAAUUGCAACUCUUGCAGCAGUUUUUGAACACUCUGACGAAGAGGAAAUCCUCCAUGAAUGCAUUGAAGCAUUGUUUUCAAUUGCUAGAAUAGCUCAGUAUGGACUGGAAGAUACUCUGGAUGAGCUCCUUUGCUCAUUCUGCAAAUUCACGACGUUACUAAACCCUUAUGCCUCUGCAGAAGAAACAUUAUAUGCUUUCAGCCAUGACAUUAAGCCAAAGAUGGCUAUGAUGGCAGUUUUCACCAUUGCAAAUACUUUCAAAGACUCCAUCAGAGGCGGCUGGAGAACCAUCAUCGAGUGCUUGCUGAAGCUCAAAAGGCUCAAGUUACUUCCACAGUCUUUGUUCGAGAUGGAUAAUGCUUCCAACUCGGUUACAGAACCGCCGAUGGAAAAAUUAGAGUCGGGCAUUAUGCCAAGUCAAGAUCCUAAAUUUGGCAACAGACAGCAUAGCUCAGGCAUAAUGGCUAGAUUUCUAAGUUUCAUGUCAAUGGAGAGUGUUGAAGAAGCUCUAAAUCUUGGCUUAAGCGAAUUUGAACAGAACAUGACGAUCAUUCAACAAUGUCGUAUUGGAAGCAUCUUCAGCACGAGUUCAACUCUACCUGAAGAAUCUUUGCUCAGUAUUGGGCGUUGCAUCAUAUUCGCUGCAGCUGGAAAAGGCCAAAAGUUUAGCACCCCAGUCGAGGAGGAGGAGACUGUUGCAUUUUGUUGGGAACUAAUAACCGCUGUAGCUCUUGCCAAUACUCACAGAAUCCCAACAUAUUGGCCUCAUUACCAUGAUUACUUGCUGGAAGUGGCACAAUUCCCUCUUUUUUCGCCCAUUCCAUUUUCUGAAAAAGCCAUUGUAUCACUGAUGAGGAUAUGCCUCAAGAUUCUUGCUUCAGAUCAACCGGAGGGUUCAGAGGAACUCAUUUUCAAGUCGAUAAACUUGAUGUGGAGGAUGGAAAAGGAAAUUCUAGAAACUUGUUAUGAGUUCCUGUUGCAAUCGGCAAUCAAAAUCAUCACAGAAUAUCCCACAAAAUUGCAAACACAAUUGGGGUGGAUGUCAGUCCUGCAUCUUCUAUCUGUCACAGGCCGUCAUCCAGAAACCUAUGAUCAGGGUGUUGAGGCCUUAAUGACGUUGAUGUCCAAUACGACACAAAUAACACGAACAAACUAUACCUACUGCAUCGACUGUGCUUUCGCCUUCGUAGCACUCAGGAACAGUCGAAUCGAGAAGAAUGUUAAAAUAAUGGAUAUGCUGGCAGACACAGCAAGUCUGCUGGUUGAAUGGUAUAGAGCUGGAUAUUCAGAUCCCGGAAGUUCCGUCAGUGUAACAAGUAAUGCAGGUGGUUCUUUCAUUGAAGAACCUGCAAGAGUUUAUAAUCCAAUCAGCUUCUUUCAGAGGCUAGGAGAAUCCCUUAAGAAGACAAGCUUGGCCAGGAGAGAAGAAGUAAGAAACCAUGCCGUCAUUUCUCUAAAGAAAAGCUUCAUAUUAGCCGAGGACAUCUUAUUCACACCAAUAACCUGUACAAAUUCCUUCUACAACAUUAUCUUUGCUAUGGUUGACGAUUUACACGAAAAGAUGCUGCAAUACUCAAGAAGAGAGAAUGCAGAGAGGGAAACAAGAAGUAUGGAAGGUACACUCAAGCUCUCCAUGGAAGUCUUAACUGACGUCUAUUUGCACUUCUUGAAGCCUAUUUCAGAGAGUCCUGAUUUCAGGACAUUCUGGUUGGGAAUACUGAGGAGGAUGGAUACAUGCAUGAAAGCUGAGCUAGCAGAGUAUGGUGCAUCAAAAAUGCCAGAAGUAAUUCCAGACCUGUUGAGAAAGAUUGUGACGAGUAUGAAGGAAAAGGAGAUUUUGACACGGGCAGGAGAAGAUGAUUUAUGGGACACAACCUUUUAUCAGAUACAAUGGAUAGCUCCAGCACUCACAGAUGAGUUGUUUCCCGAGUGACUGAAAGACAAUUAGUACAAGGUUUUGUAGUACUGACAAUUCAUCAAUUCAUGUGUAUUCCAAGAAAGUCUGAUGAAGCAUAGUGAAUAUAGUACUAACAAUUCUUCAAUAUACAUGAGUCAAGGAAAUAUUGAAAUAAUACUUAAUCACAUGCAAAAUAACAUAUAAGUACUGUAUGUUUUUAAGAUAUGCCAUACGAUCCAAAUUGUCCGAAAAAUUUUUACUUGUA